GACAUCCGGAACUAUGUGGAUGGCGUGGCUGCUGGCAACAUCUCACCGCAGGAGAACCGCCUCGUCCAGCUCUUGUCGGACAGGGCCUUGCGAGCAGCCGAAAUCACUCGCGUUCUAGUGCCUUUGCUGCUGGACAAAGCCGACCGCAUCCGCAGGGGUCACGUGUGCCGCGCAGGCGCAUCAACAAUGGACGAGUCUGGACUACAGGAGCUGGGCUUUGCGCUGGGCCAGAAGAUGAAGAGUCACGCUGUGCAGCAGGCUUUUGGGUUGAGCCGAUCCAGCGCGCAAGCUGCGACCAAACCCAAUCUCAUCAUGCCUUGGCUGCCCCAGUUCUUUGCGGCCUCAGGCAAGCAACUGCAGCAGAGGGGCUACCAUUUGAUCUACGGCCUGGACAUUGAUGACUGUCAGCGUGGCUCAGUUGUUGGAGGAGCCUUUCUUGACCACCAUCUGCUUUCCCGGGAAGCUUUCAACGAGUCGGCCUUCGAGGAGAACCUCGCGUCCGUCUGCGUGUCGACAUGCCUGAAGCGUGUGGAUACAACAGCAAGACUGUACCAAGUGCAGCAGCUUCCUCGCCACCGAAUCACCACCGCCAUGGAGGAGUUGCAAGCCGUAGGCGACAUCCUGGCAGCGUGCCUGGCCGCAAAUGCCGGAGUUCCACCGGCAGCUCUGGCUUACGACAACCACAAGUCUUUCGGGUGCCUCAGCGAGACCGCAGUGUGUGGGGCGAACUGA